AUGCCCGAAAAUUCUCCUUUCGGAGAUCGGAAUCUUCCGUAUUUUGACAACCACUACAACAGCGGGGUGCUCAUAGAUAACUGGCGAGACAACCGAAUCUACGAGGCAGAUGGCCGUGCAUUCACGCUUGCUGUGGAUCACACCACAGGCCCCUCACUAUCUAUGUACAAGUCCGAUUUCACCGACCCCGGUGAACCGUCCGUGCAGCCAAUGAUGCGGCGAAGAGGACUGGGUAAGGAGCUCAUGUUCAGCAACGGCAACUCCAUGGCCUUCGACGGCGCUCCAACAAGUUCUCAAUACGGCGCAUCACAGCGUCACAUGAUAGACACCAAGUACGGCAAGCCCGCCUCUUCGCGGCUUAAGACGGAUGGUAGUACUGAGAGCGCAGAGCUGAGUACUUUCGCCCCGACGACCUCAGUAGGCACUACGCGCAACAAGGCAGACGACAACCCGUACGCGAACUUCUGCAGCACAAAGGCCAUAAUGGACUUAACAGUAGCCUGCCAUCAAUUCCAACGACAAAUAGGCACCAACAACGACACACAUACAACCGCCGCAACUUAG